UUUGAUUCACCCUCUGCUCCCUACGUGCACUUUACCAAUGUCAUAUAAACUGCAUUUUUUACUGAACAACAAUGGAACGCUAUUUAAAGUACUGAGUAGCGUCACUUGUAUCGAUUCAUGAACACAUUUAUAUUUGCCUUGGCCUUUUCUUUCUUUUUUUUCGAAUUAAAUUACAAUGGAUGGCAGUAAGCACUUUACCAAGUUUUGCCAUACAUAACAUGGUAACAGAGGUACGUAUUACAGAAGUGUGCGGCGUCAUCAAUUCAAUGCCUGUUGAAAACACGUGUGUGUAAGUGCGGUGUAGAUUGUGUAUUUGUGUUAGUUUCUUUUUGAUUAGUUGAUGGCUUUCCAGUUCAAUUUCUUCUUUAACGAGGAAGUUGAAGAGACGCUUCAAAAAGUGGUACAGGGUAAAAGGAGCGAUGAUCAGCCAGAGAUUGUUCCAUCAACAUUUUAUCGGGACGAUAACGAUGACAAGAUACAAGCCAGUUCCUUCUUAUCCUCUGAAAAAACAGACGUAGAAAAUGGGAAAACUGGUGUAGUGUCAUGGAGCAAAAACAAGCAAGACAUUGACGAGAAAAGUGGCGGAGUACUGCAAUCAAAAAUAGUGGUUCCAGUAAGUUUUAUAAAACAGAAGGCACUUGCAAAGGAACACUCUGUACCCCCUGACACUACUGAGCUAUUUGACAAUAAAAUUAUAGAGACGCUACACGUAGGAUCAACUUUUUCUGUUUACUAUAUUGACGUAUCUUUGCUAGAAAAGGAAAUGUUAUCUGAGGCUGUGGGUGAAGAUGUAGUGGCUGUGUCAAGAGCUAUCUCGACCCAUUCUGAUCUGAUUCCGGGUGUUUAUGAAGGUGGCAUGAAAAUCUGGGAGUGUACUUUCGACCUUAUCACCUACCUGCUGGAAAACCAAGUGCAGUUUGUUGGUAAGAAGGUCCUGGAUCUUGGUUGUGGAGCAGGACUUCUAGGGAUGGCUGCCUUGAAGCACCAUGCCACAGAGGUGCAUUUUCAGGAUUACAAUGCAACAGUCAUUGAAACAUUGACCAUUCCUAAUGUACUCGUUAAUAUUGAAGAAUGCUGCAGUGGGAGAGAAAAUCAAAAUAAAACUGGUACUCAACAGUUUACCUCACAUCUGGAGAAAAAUGACAAGUGCCAACCUCAAGUAGAGAAUGACUACACUGAUCAUCACAGUACUAAAAGAAGAAAGGUUGCAGAAGUAGAACAGAAAAACUGUCAGCCACGGUGCAGAUUUUUUUCUGGUGAAUGGUUAAGUUUUCUUGGUCUUGUAAUGAACACAGCAGAUCUGUCAGACAAAUAUGACAUUAUUAUCACCUCCGAGACUAUAUACAAUGUUGACAAUUAUCCCACCCUUCAUGAUGUUCUUUCUCAUUUACUAAGUGAGAAAGGAGUCGUCUAUGUGGCUGGAAAAACGCAUUAUUUUGGUGUUGGAGGAGGCAUCCAUCUAUUUGAAAGUUUUGUCCAAGAGAAAAACAUUUUCAGUGUUAGAACAGCAAAAGUUAUUGAUGAGGGCCUGAAAAGAAUUAUUCUUGCAUUGACAUUCAAAACGGCAUGCUGAUGUAUAUGUUUAUCCCGCAGUUUUGGUGCCCCGUGAACUAAAAAAAUGUACAUUUCCAGAUGAUUAAAAUGAGAUUUUUAAGCAGUUGGUAAAAGCAGCUCCCACACUUGUUAUACAGUAAUUUAAAAGAUGUUCUUGAAAGCAGUGUAUGUGCCUUGUGUAACUAAGUGUGUAAUAUUAAGCUGUUGCUUAGUAAAGUGUUGUGUGACCAGG